CUAUUUGAGGGUGUGGUUUGGUGCAUAUGGCCAUGUUAAAAGGAGAGAUGCAGCACACACACUAACACUUCAGCUCUUCACUCUUUACUUCAGCUGCAGUGUCUCCUCUGCACCCUUAAACAGCAAGUCUUACAACCCAAGCAUGGCCAGCAACUACGGAUUUAGCAUAGCAAACAAUGAGGAGCUGAGGAUAGUCAUGGUGGGGAAGACUGGAAUUGGGAAGAGUGCCACUGGAAACACUAUUCUGGGCCGACAGUGUUUUGAAUCAAAGUUCAGCCCUAACUCUAUGACUAUAGACUGUUCUAAGGGUAAAGCUACAGUAGGUGGACAACAGGUUGCUGUCAUUGACACCCCAGGCCUGUUUGACACCAGGUUUGGCAUGGAUAAAACAGCUAAAGAUAUAUGCCAGUGUAUCUCUUAUGCUGCUCCUGGACCCCAUGUCUUCCUGGUUGUCAUCAGACUGGGCAGGUACACUGAUGAGGAAAAGCAGACGGUGCAAAGGAUUCAAGAAAUCUUUGGCCAGGCAGCAGACAGAUACAGCAUGGUUCUCUUUACUCAUGGUGACCUGCUUGAAGACAUCGCUAUUGAAGAAUUCUUGGAUGGAUGCCCAGACCUUCAAGAACUUGUGGGUAGAUGUAACGGCCAGUACCAUGUCUUCAAUAAUAAGAUGAAGGAUCACUCUCAGGUCAGUGAGCUGCUCCAGAAGAUCAGAAACGUAGUCCAGAGGAAUGGAGGAAGCCACUACACCAAUGAGAUGUUCCAAGAGGCCGAGAGAGCAAUCGAAGAAGAGAAACAACGCAUCCUGAAAGAGAAAGAAGAGCAAAUACGAAAAGAAAAAGAGGAACUGGAGAGGAAACUUCAACAAAAAUAUGAAAAUCAGAUGAGGAAAAUCAAUGCACAGUUCCAGGCUGAGAGAGCGAGGGAGAGGAAAGAGAGAGAGGAGGAGAGGAUGAGGGAGAGGCAGGAGAUGAAUGAGGAGAGAAGGAGGGAGAGGGAGGAGAGAGAAGCAGAGAGAAAGAGAGAGCGAGAGGAGAAAGAAAAGGAGAUGACAAGCAUGCUGAAUACAAUAAAGGAACAACAUGACAGAGAACUGAGACAGGAAAGACAAAAUUUGCAGUCCAGGCAUGAAAAUACAGCCAGAGAGGAAGCUGAGGAUUUUAAUCCAUUGUUUCCUCUGGUAGUAGUUGGUGAAGCAGUAGUUGAUGCUGGUAAAAAGAUAGUUAGAGAAGUUAAACAAUUGGGAAAAAUAAUUGGAAAAUGGUUCAAAUGAGUGUCCAAAUCCAGGCAUUUCAAACACAGAGGAGUCCUCCAGAAGCUCCCACAACAUAAAAAACAUUUUUUUUUUUCAAAAGUUUAAUCCACUAUAAUCAAUUUCUUUUUUUUCAUUAUCUAAGUGAAGGUUAGUAGGUAGGUUAGUAAUGCUGUGUCACUCAUGUCAUUGUCUCACAUUGCCAUCUAGUGGUCAGUUUCAAUAUAGCAUAACUCUAAGCUAUGUUUUACAUUAAAUUACUUUUGCUGUAUUUUGUUUUGUUAUGUUUUAACAUUUUUCUCUAAUAACUACUGCAUUGUUGUUUGUGGACUAAUAGUCAUCUGUGAUUAAAAACAAAUUAUCAUUGUCCUCUGAUUUGUGACUGAUUUUUUUUCUGACUGUUUUUUUUUUUUUUUUUUUUAAUCUGUUGUCAUUUCUUCUGUUUUGCUUCUGGUCAGACUAACUAAUUGAUGCUGCUAAAUCAGGACAACAGUAACAACAACAUGUGUAAUGUUGUUACUUUUAAUUUCUUGAAGACAUUUCACCUCUCAUCAGAAAGGGUUAACCUCUUCUAAAAGUUGGUUGGGAAGGCCCAAGUAUUGGUGGGGUCACUUAUAUACAAAUUCUUUCUAACCACAAAUGUGGUUUUUUUUUAAUCAGGAAAAUGUUACUCCCAAUCAACAGUGUACUCAUGAAAGGGCAAAAGUUAGAUUAGAUUAAUUUUUAAAACAUAAUUGUCACAGUGUAAAAUAUAAUCAAAGCCAACAUUAUAUAAAAAUGACCCCUUGUCUGCAGAAUCUUUGCCAUUAAUUAGAAGGAUCCUAACCAGUUUACAGCGAAACAAUGGCUUUCAGAACACCAAAUUAUUUCUAUUUCUUCUGUUCCACUUAAAAAUUCAACAGGUUGCCAUUUGUGCUCUAAUACUGCCAUCUAGUGGGCAAUUAUAGGAGAACACACCACAUAAAAUAAAUAAAUACUGUAUAUCAACUAUGA